AUGGUGACUGGAGCCCGACAUCCAUUCGAUCCCAUCUUCCCGGAAGAGAUUAAACUUGCCGUCCGCAUUCUCGAGGCAACUUUCCCUGGCGUGCAACUGCGUUACAAGCGCAUCGACGUCAAUGAGCCCAUCAAGAAAGAUGUGCUCCCAUAUAUCGAAGCCGAGCGUCUGAGGCGGCCGCUUCCUCCCCCGCCUGCACGUCUUCUGUACACGCUUUUCCACCGUCUCGACACUGGCGCAUUCUACAAGGCUGUUCUCAAUGCCGACAAACGAACCAUUGUAUACGCAAAGGAGCUUCCACGUGAAGUCCAAGGACCCAUUGACCCCGACGAGAUCACGGAAAUCGAAGAAAUGUGCAUGAGACAUCCUGCAGUGCUUGCCGAAAUCGAGAAAAUGCAAUUGCCCGCUGGCGUCACCGUCUGCAACGACCCCUGGAUGUACGGAACAGACAACGAGAACGAGUCUCGGCGCCUCUUCCAAUGCUUUAUGUAUCUUGUGGAGGUGGAUCAUCCUCAGAACAACCACUAUUCCCUGCCAUGCAAGUUUUCACCGGUUUUUGACGGCCUCACUCACGAAUUGGUACGCAUGGAUUAUCUUCCUGGGGGUGCCGAUUUCGAGACCACUCAAACCCAACCUUGGAAGCCUGUUAAGGGAAUCCAAUAUGCCCACGAUCUUUUGGAUGAACCUGUGCGGACAGACUUGAAGCCUUAUAUUGUUCAGCAACCAGAAGGCCCUUCUUAUACCGCGGAUGGAAACUCUAUCUACUGGCAAAAGUGGCGUUUCCGUCUUGGUUUCAAUAUUCGGGAGGGCUUGGUGCUCUACAACAUCACAUAUGACAAUCGUAAUGUCUUUUACCGUCUUGCUGUCUCUGAGAUGACAGUUCCCUAUGGAGAUCCUCGUGCCCCCUACCAUCGCAAGCAGGCAUUCGAUGUUGGCGACACUGGUUUCGGCAUGAAUGCCAAUCAGCUGUCUCUUGGAUGCGACUGCUUAGGUCAUAUUAAAUACUUCGACGGUUACCGAAACGACUCUAAGGGAAACCCUAUUCAACUCAAGAACGUUAUUUGCAUGCACGAACAAGACAAUGGCUUGCAGCACAAGCACACCAACUACCGGACAGGUGCCGCCACUGUUGUGCGGAACAGACAAUUGGUUCUCCAAAUGAUCUGCACAGUUGCCAACUACGAAUACAUUUUCGCAUAUAUAUUCGACCAAGCCGGCAAUGUUGAACUCGAAGUCCGUGCUACUGGUAUCCUCUCGACCGUCCCAUUCGAUAACGAGAAUGGCCAAACUGUCCCAUGGGGUACCAAUGUGGGUCCGGGUGUUAUGGCGCCUUUCCACCAACACAUGUUUUCGUUCCGUAUCGAUCCAGCCAUCGAUGGCUUCAAGAACACUGUGUACUACGAAGACAGUGUGCCCAUGCCAGAGGACGAGAACAACCCUUGGCUUGUUGGAUAUACCACUGAGUCUACAGUGAUGAACAAGGCUGGCACUGCCAACACAAGUGUUGACCGUCACCGCGUGUUCAAAAUCCGAAACGACUCCAUCAAUAACCCUAUUACCUACAAGCCAAUUGCCUACAAGCUCCAGACUGCACCCAGCCAGAUGCUUCUUGUGAAUAAGAACGCCAUCGGUUAUCGCCGAGCCGAAUUUGCCACUAAGCCCAUCUGGCUUACCAAAUACCAGGAUGACGAGCUCUAUGCUGCGGGCGAGUUCACCAACCAAAGCCGCCGUGCCGAGGGUGUCGAAACCUGGGUCCAGCGCAGAGACAAUACUGAGAAUGAAGAUGUCGUGCUUUGGCACACUUUCGGCCUCACCCAUAACCCUCGCAUUGAAGACUUCCCUGUCAUGCCCAUGGAGCGUGUCAGUGUGAUGCUGAAACCUGACGGCUUCUUCACCAAGAACCCUGCUCUGGAUGUCCCUCAAUCCUCGCAGACCUUCAACAAGUCCACUCUCCACCCCGAGAUGGCGGCUGCAUGCUGCACUCCCUCGGCAGGCUCGAGCAAGGCCAAGCUGUACAAACGCAUUGACUAG